UCUCUCCGCUCUCACUGCCCCCUCGUCGGCAUCGCCGAAGUCCAGAUCCCAAUGGCGGGAUCGCGCCCUCCUGUCCGUCCGAUCCCGAUCUCACGGCGCGUGUUGCUCUCCGCGUUCUUCACCCUCCUCUCUCUCUUCUCCAUCGUCUCCUUCCUCUCCUCCUCCUCCUCCUCCUCCGAUCACUCCUCGUCGCCGCCUGCCGAUCACCGCCACCACCGCCGCUCAUUCCUCUCUCUCCCCUCCGAUCCCCUCCUCUCCCGCGUCGACCUUCUCCGCCGCCAUGCCUCAGGUCACCACGCCCUUGCCUCCGCCUACGCCUCUCAUUCCCUCCGCCUCAAACUUGACCACUCCCGACUCCUCCGCCAAUUCACCGAUCUCCAGCUCUCCCUCUCCGCUCUUCUCCCCCGCUUGGAUCCCGACUCCAUCCCCGAUGAGGACGCGCUGCGGCCGUUGGAGAAGGAGGCCAAGGAUCGCAUUAAGAUCGCCCGCCAGCUCGUCUCGGAAUCCAAGGAAUCGUUCGACACCCAGCUUAAGAUCCACAAGCUCCAAGACACCGUUCUCUCCGCCCGCGAUCAGCUCAUCCGCGCCCAUCGCCUCCGCACACUCUCUGGCUCCAUCGCUGCUGCUUCCACCCCCAAGUCCCUCCAUUGUCUCGCUCUCCGCCUUCUUUCCCAUCCUCUCGCCCCUAAAACCCUUGCUCCCAUCCCCAAUCUCUCGGCUUUCUUCGAUCCCGAUGCCUACCACCUUGCUAUCUUCUCCAACAACGUCAUUGCUGUUGCUGUCGUUGUUGCCUCCGCAGCCAAGAAUGCUGUCGAUUCCCGCCGGCUUGUAUUCCACGUCGUCACUGACCGGAUGUACCUCCCGGCCAUGCGCGUCUGGUUCAAGCUCCGUCCUCCCCCGGGCCACGCCCGCAUCGAAAUCCGCUCCCUCACCGAUUUCUCCUUGGGGCGCCAGGAUCUCGAUCUCUUCACUCUUCGGUUCUACUUGCCGGCAAUGUACCCAGAGCUGCGGCGGAUUGUGCUCUUGGAGGACGAUGUGGUCGUGCAGAGGGAUUUGGCCGAUCUCUGGAGAGUAGAUUUGGAAGGCCGGGUGAACGGAGCGGUGGAGAUGUGCUUCGGUGGGUUCCGGCGGUUUGAUAGGUAUCUGAACUUCUCUCAUCCAGUGGUGGCAGAGCGCUUCAGCCCCAGGGUGUGUGCGUGGAGCUUUGGCGUCAAUGUCUUUGAUCUCGAUGCGUGGAGGAGGGAGCACUGCACUGAUCGCUUCCAAGAGUACCAAAGCCUGAAUGAGGAUGGUAUAUUGUGGAAACCUGAGGCCGUGCUACCCGCAGGACUGAUGACAUUCUACAUGACAACAACACCACUGGACAAGUCGUGGCAUGUAAUGGGGCUUGGGUACAAUCCUAGUGUGAAUUUGGAAGAGAUCCAUAAUGCAGCAGUCAUCCAUUUCAAUGGAAACAUGAAGCCUUGGCUUGAUGUUGCCAUGAACCAAUAUAAGCAACUUUGGACCAAAUAUGUUGACACUGAGAUGGAGUUCCUCCCCCUCUGCAACUUUGGGGUCUAAACUUUCAGCUAGCGAAACAGAACUCAUUUAUAUACAGCUCCAUGCUUCACCCUUUCUCACAUUAUGUAGAGUCAAAUAGUUUGUUCUUCUGGGCAAAAGUGCCUUCUCUAUGCUUUUGUUUGUUCAAAAGAUGUUCUCUUCACACUUGCCUUCCAAAAUUAAUUUAUUAUUAUAGA